AUGAGAAAACAGCCUCUGAAAUUACUAUUAGAGGACAGUAAUCUUGAGAUUAUUAAGGCAAAAACACUUGAUUCUAAUUCUCAAAGUAAUGCAACUAGUUUUUACUCAAAUAUAUCAGAUGAGUAUGAAUAAUUUAGUGAUGGAAAACGAUUUCAAUGUGAUUCAUCUUAUUCAUCAAGUAGUCUUCAUAGUUCUAUAACUCUUGGAGAUGAAACAUUGUUACAAAACUAUUAAAAGCGUUUAGGUAAUAUAAAAUGAUAUCAUAAGAUCCUGAAAUCCUAUCAGAGUAAGCAAAAUUUAUUUUUCUGAUUGGAAGGCAAUCUUCAGAAGAAUGGGUUUUAAAUUUUAAUGAGAAAUGUUUAAAAGUAAAUCUCUUUUUUAAAGAAUCACUCUUUAAUUCAUUAUUAGAAACAGCAUUUAAUGAUGAUGAUUGUAAAUUGAAAAGAAAAUUAGUGCUUACUUUAGAUUAUUUUACAAAUCUGAUCACAUUUACUUUCUUUUUACUUUGGAAAUGGAUUCAAAAUGAAAACUAAUAAGACAUGUCCUAAUUUGUUUCAAAUUCAUAAUCGAUCAUUGAAUUCAUUGUGUUAAUGAUUAGUUUAAGAAUUAAUGAAUUUCGAUUAGAAUAGUAAUUGAUAACAAUAAUAGAACAAAUUGUUUAACCAUUUCCUGAAAAGUAAAUUUUAAAGGAAUGUUAAGAAACUUGGAAAUCUUAUUUAUCAGUAGGACUAUUUCCACCAAAACUAGUUACUUUUAAUGUUAAACCAAAUUCAGUAUUACCUUGGACAACUGAUGAAGUAGCUUUUGUAUUGAGUUUUAUAAAUUAGUCAUUUUAUGCAGGAUUAUAAUUAAAAAAUGUUAUUGUUAAAGGCGGAUUAAAUAACGUAUAAAUUUAAUUAAUAAAUUUAUAGUAUUUUAGAAGAAUUAAUACAAUAUCUUAAUUUAUUAUAUAUUCAGUCGUAAAAAGUCCAAAUAAACAUGAUCGUUAGGAUGCAUUAGGAUAUUGGAUAGAAUUAGCAGAGAAACUUUAGAAAAAUUAUGAUUUAGAGGGAUUGUUUAUUGUAUAUAAAUAUGGCAUUCAACUACUAUUAAAAGAUUAUAUAGGAACAAUGCCAAUGCUAUUUCGAGAUUUAAAUAGAAUACCUAGAAUUAAUACAUUUUAUGAAGAGCAUAUAAAAUCAAAUUUUAAUAAUGAGAUAUUGAAAAACGAACAUCAGUUCUACAUCCCAUCGUUUCAUAAAAUUAUUACCUAAAUUAAACGCUUAGAAUAACAAGUUAAAAUGAAUAAAAAAUUGUUUGAUUAAAUAUCUGAUAUCUUAUUUUAAUUAGUUUAAAUCUAAAAAAGAUAACAUAGAUUACAUUAAUCAAUGAGUGCUAAAGUAUUUAAUCAAAAUAUAUUUAUUUUUUAGAUUUCUGAUAAUGAAGAAUAAAUAAUUCAUUAUUUUAUUAAAGGAAUAGAAAAAGAAUUAGAAGUUAAUCUAUAAAUUCCUUUAAAUAAAGAAACCUUGGUGUAUAUAGAAUUGAUUAAAUUGGCUAAAAAUACUAAUUGA